CAGAAAAGAGCAAGCCAAAAGCCAAAUUACGAAACAUAUGUUUAACCUUUCUAUAUUGAUUAACGCUUUCUAAAGAACCAGUUAUGCCUCUUUGAUUGCUUUGUUCGCAAUUUUUGUUCUUUUUCUGGUCUCAAACUCUGUGGCCGUGAACUGUAAAAGAAAAACUCAUAAAUACAUAGUAUUUAUGUAGAUGCUCAUAUGCCUAGUAUAUAAUAUAAAUAAUAUAUAUUUACAAGGUUUGCCUUUAAAAUCAAUCAACAAUAAAUAUUAUGCCAGAUACGUACAUAUGUACAAUUUUGCAGUCGCUAAGUACCUGCCCCACACAUAAUCAGCCAAGCAAAGUGGGUACCUAAAAUUUACUUUUUUUAUCUUGCGGUUACACCUUAGACGCGCUAUUCUGUAAGAGUGUGGGUGAUUUUUUAGUUUCUUUCGGUACGCUGUUCUCUUUUUUGUGCCAACAAACUUGUACGAUUAUUUGCACUGUAGUACGAGCAAGUGAUAUUGAAAUUGGUUGGCUUAUUUGCAGUCAUUUCACAUAUAACCGCCUUAGUGAGCUGGCAAAACUUGUUUAAAUAAAACCAGUGAAAACAUGAGGGUGCUAACACCUUUGCUAGUGAUAUUUGUUUUAGGAGUACAAAAGUCGGGUGCAUCCAGUGACGACCUUAUAUAUGGUUACGAAUGCCAAAACAGUAGAUGUGUCAAAGUUGAGCUGGACGCACAGAAUUUCCAGAAAGCGAUAAGCCUACCAGUUUGUCGCCUGUUCUGUAGCGGCAGUGUGCCCGGCACAAUAUGGCCCCGUCCAAGUGGUCUCGUUAAUUUUGACAGUUAUAUGCUGGCAGUAGACACAGAAAGUAUAGAAUUUCAAUUGCCCAGUUUUAGUAAACAGGCACACCUUUGGGACGAAAGUAAAAAUCGUUUUAUGCGACUACUAUACUCCGGGAUACCGAAUAAGAACGUUCUCAGAAAGGGCGGACGUCAGCUAAAAGUGUUGGUGGAAUUAAAGUCAAUCGUAGAUGAUGUGCUGCCCAAGCUUACUUUAGAUACCGAUGAGAGCUAUUCACUGCGAAUUUCCUCAGCAAAUAACAGCGCAGCAACUGCCACGAUUUCAGCAAGCAGCUAUUUUGGUGCUCGGCAUGGUUUGGAGACGUUAUCUCAGUUAUUAAUAUAUGACGACAUUAGACGCGAGAUACAGAUUUUAGCUCGUGCCGAUAUCGAUGAUGGCCCGGCCUUCAAAUGGCGUGGUUUACUUUUGGACACUUCGCGAAACUUCUUCAGUGUAAAGUCAAUUAAGCGCACUCUGGAUGCUAUGGCCAUGGUGAAGCUGAAUACCUUCCACUGGCAUAUAACUGAUUCCCAUAGUUUCCCAUUAGAAGUCAAAUCUCAGCCUGAACUGUAUAAAUUAGGAGCCUAUUCGCCACGUAAAGUUUAUAGCCAUGUGGAAGUUGCAGAGAUCGUGGAAUAUGGUCGAGUGCGUGGGAUUCGUGUAAUGCCUGAGUUCGAUGCGCCCGCUCACGUUGGCGAAGGCUGGCAGCACAAGGAUAUGCUGGCAUGUUUUAAUGCGCAGCCAUGGAAGAAUUAUUGCGUGGAACCGCCUUGCGGCCAGCUGGAUCCUACUGUUGAAGAAUUGUACCCAGUGUUGGAAGAUAUAUAUCGGGAAAUGUUUGAUCUUUUCGACCCGGAUGUUUUUCAUAUGGGCGGCGACGAGGUAUCAGUCGAUUGUUGGAAUAGUAGUAAACGCAUACAAAACUGGAUGCUAGAGAAGGGAUGGACUUUAAAUGAAUCCGAUUUCAUACGACUAUGGGCUCAUUUUCAAAACGAAGCUUUAAUUCGUGUAGACACAGUUGCUCAAUCUCAACAGCCACUAAUUACCUUGUGGACUAGUCAUCUCACGCAGGUGCCUUACAUUGAUGAUUAUUUAGAUAAGGAACGUUACAUCAUACAAAUAUGGACGACUAAAGGCGACAAUAAAAUAAGAGACAUUUUAAAACGUGGUUUCCGCGUUAUAAUUUCAAAUUACGAUGCUCUCUAUUUUGAUUGCGGCGGACCUGGUUGGGUUAACGAUGGCAGUAAUUGGUGUUCACCUUACAUUGGCUGGCAGACAGUUUAUGACAACGACUUGGACAGUAUUGCUGGCGAGUACAAGUCCCAAGUAAUGGGCGCUGAAGCAGCUAUCUGGUCGGAGCAAAUUGAUGAGUUCACGGUGGAUUCGCGGUUUUGGCCACGGGCUAGUGCCUUGGCUGAACGUUUAUGGUCGAAUCCGAAAGAAUCUUGGAGGCAAGCCGAAGCGCGGAUGCUAUAUCAUCGCCAACUCUUGAUAGAUCGCGAGAUCGGGGCGGAAUCAAUGCAGCCAGAAUGGUGCCUUCAAAACGAAAACCAAUGUCCAAUAAAUGCAUAUGAUGCAAAAUUUUGAACUUAAGUUCGUUACUUAAUAUGCUCAUGAUCGUCUUAAUACUCAUAAUAUUUCCUAUACUUGCAAAUGUAUUAUUAUGAAAUGAAUCCAGGUUGCAAUAAAGAUUAAGGGCUUGAAAUUAAA